CCGGCCUGCCCCGCGCAGCCGCUCCCGGAAGUGGGCUUGGCGUCCUCAGGAGCGGUGCGGAGGUGCCCGAGCCUCGCGGGUUGGCCCUGGCCGCGCAGGGUGGCAGGAGCCCGGGGGGCGGGGGCGGGCCGCUGCCGCCAUGGCUGGGAGCCAGGACAUGUUCGACGCUAUCGUGAUGGCGGAUGAGAGGUUUCAUGGGGAAGGGUAUCAGGAAGGCUAUGAAGAAGGCAGUAGUUUGGGUAUAAUUGAAGGAAGACAAUAUGGCACGUUACAUGGAGCUAAAAUUGGAUCUGAGAUCGGGUGUUAUCAAGGUUUUGCUAUUGCGUGGAAAUGUCUCUUGCACAGUUGUGCCACUGAGAAAGACAGCAGAAAGAUGAAAGUCUUAGAAUCACUGAUUGGAAUGAUUCAGAGAUUCCCUUAUGAUGACCCCACUUACGAUAAACUCCAUGAAGACUUAGACAGAAUUAGAGGAAAAUUUAAACAGCUUUGUUCAUUACUCAAUGUUCAGCCGGACUUUAAAAUUAGUGCGGAAGGUUCUGGACUUUCAUUUUGAGGAUGACAGAUGAACAAAGACGAAACAUCAAGGAACAGAUGUCCGUAUGUUAAGUGUUUAAAAAUGUGAUUAAACGCCAAACAAUGAUGGAGUAUUCAUUGUUCCGCAGGGAGGGCUCCAGUUUGGCCAGUGAAAGGGCUUCCUUCCCCCUGAGGUUUUCUGCCUGUGUUGCCCGGCACCCCCGGGGCCUCUGCACGCACGCCUGUGCUCUGUCGGGCCUGUCUGCCCUGCGUCUGUGGGGGUCCCUGGCGGAGCCCUGGCCGGGCUGCUCACCACUGGUCCAGUCUGGUGGCUUCUCCUGUCCUCCCCAGCAGGGCAGGCCUACUGGUCCUCGACUGAGGUUGGCUCUGGAUAGAACCACCCCUAAGCCUGGACUCAGAGGAACAGUUUUUGUUUCUUUAAUGAGAGAGACAGGGUGGAUGCGAGCUGGGUGAAUGACAAGUCACGGUAAGCACCUUCAUACCUGCUGAGCCACGUGACGCACAGGGCGUGUGCUCGUGCCUCCCGCGUCCCACGAGCGAGGUCUCAUUCCCAUCUUGCAGAUGAGGACGCUGAGGCCUGCCCGGAUUGCUUGGUCCUAGGUCACCCGGCAGCAGAGUGAGGACUUCCCCCAGACCACGUCUCUCUUCACCGCAGUGCAGUGUGCGGGCGGCACCCGCAGAGUUGGGGACCCUGCCCUCGACCCCAGGUCGCAGGUUCCUGCUGUGCCUCACAGAGUGUCGGCGAGCCCACUGCGGCCAGCUUGCCUGGUACCUGGCCGGGAGGAGGAGAGGCCAGCCUGAUCCUGAGGGGGCCCGGCACGCCUGUCACAGUGUCCUCAGUGGGAGUUGAGCUGUGCAGCAUUAAAAAGUGGUUAAUGGGGAAAAUAUUUUGAACCAAAGACUAAAUGUCAGGCCAUCGUUAUUAUGUGGAAACCUCUGGAGCCUCUCAUGUGGACACUGCGUCUGGACACUGCAUCCUUACUACCGAUGGGAGCCCUCUUGUCUUGGAAGGCAUCAACAUAGGCAGCGAGGCUCGGGUUAUCGGAGUGGGUGGUUCUGUGGACCCCCCACCAGUUAAGUGGACACGUUACGGCACAUGUUAAUACACCCUCCCGAGAGUGUCUCCAGGGUCACCACAGUCCCCACAUGCUGCCUGCUUUCCCUGCCCGUUGUCCCGGAGAGCACAUCUGAAAGCAGUGUGUGAGAUGAUGAAGGGGUCACCAUGAAUCCACUCAAGUUUUUAAAGUCAUUCCAGAAGGUCUCAGGAGAGCCAGUCAGGAGGACCCCGAGGCAGCGGCAGCACGUUCCCACCCACGUGGCCGCCCUCGGAAGGGUGCUUAGGAGGAGAGAAAGGGCUUUUCGUUUUUGAGGGACAGGCCCCGAGCUUUCUCCUGAGCUGUGGUCAGUGUGUGUCCGGCUGUGCGCUUCUCACUGGCAGCAUCGCCCCGGCCCGGAGGUCUGCCUGGCACCCGCCCCCAGUGCCUUCGCCACAGCCGCCGCCUUCCAGUGAAGGACUCGGCGUUCUCUCCAGGUGGCGGGACUACAGGGGCCUUUGCUGUGGUUUUCUUUGGUGGGUUUUUAUGUUUUUUGUGUUAUCCAUUUUGAUAAUGUAUUAUCUUUAUAAUUGAAGGAAAAAUAAAUAGCAUAUUUUAGAGCAAAA